AUGCCAAUUCAUAAGAUACCCAUCGUACACAAAUUUGGGAUUGUUUCACUCAGUCAUCGUGAGGAAUUACAAGAGCGAAUAAACAAAAGAUAUCUUGAGAUCCCUACUAAACCGCUGCCGAAAUCUCCAAAGAAGUUUGACUAUGAUGUUGAAGAAGACUUCAUUUCAAAGUUUAAUAGCUCUAUCGGCACACCACAACAUAAAAAUUAUGAAGAAUCUGCUGACAAAGCUCUGCAAAGACUAAUACGUCGAGCAGGUAUUAAGAGUGGAGGUAUGGGACAGCACAUUAAUCUGCCAAGGGCAUGGUGUGAAUUAUCUAUGCUAGCACAGUGCCAAGGUAGAGUUCGAGAAGAUAGCCUUGAAAUACUUAUUACUUCAUUAGAUCAAGCUCCUCUCAAUGAAGAUCAUUUAUCUAGCCUCUUUUAUUUGGCAGAAGUAUCAAUAUAUUGGCUUAAAAAAUCGGCGGUAUCUAAACCGCUUUUACGAAGUGCCGAAAUUAAACUCAUGAAGUUGGCUAGCUCCGUUUUCUUGAGAAUUUUCUGCUACUAUUGCUUGAAGGUCGACUUGUCAGCUUACGCCAAGGAUUUAUCAAAGUACGCUCAAGGAUUUGAAGUAUGUCAGGAAGCAUACAGAGCAUUUCCUGGAUCCCGAAUGCUAUUAAAGUUUAUUGCAGAUAUCAGUAAGGCACUAAUUUCAACAUAUAAUCAUAAAAUUGAAGAGCAAGCAUCUAGUAGUAACGACAUAAUGAAUAGAGAAUCAUUCAUGGCUGCAAUGCACAACGUUUCUCCAACAUUAUGGCACUCUAUAGAUGUGUGGCGGUGUAUCACUCAUCUCAGUGGUGGCAAGAAGAAAGCAUUAAAAGCCCUACAAGUGUGUGCGACUUGCAUCGCUACUGAGCCUUGGGUUGAUAUUGUGCUUGCACUACAAAUAAUUGGAGAUGCUUGCCAAACAGAUAUUGACGUUCUGAAAGUAUUGCAUGAUAUUGCUAUUGGGAAUAUACCUGAAGAUUAUAUUCCGGUUGAUGAGGCUCUACCCUAUAUACCGCGACAGUAUGAUAACUUAGGGUCCUCCGAUAGGGCAACCGGACAAUAUUCGCAUCAUUUAUCCGAUACGUUUGCCGAAGGGGUCGUUAGCUCCGACUCAUUUACAUCACUAGAUAAAAUGUUUACACCUACUACAGCUGCCGGUUCUCAAGAUGAUACUAAUAAUAAUCGACAAGGCAGAUUACAUUCGAGUGGAUCCAGUCAAACUCAAUCACAUACAAAUGAAAGUAGAUCCGGAAAUAGAUCUCCUACCAGUUACAGCCAUACAACAAAGACUACGGAAGUUUGCGAUGAUUUUAAUGUUUUAAAUCAGUAUGGAAUUAAAGGGUGGCCAUGGGAAUUAGGCUAUGUCUACGCUGAAACACUAACAUCAAUAUGUUUAUACGGUAAAACAUCCGAUAUUCAGCAACUGGCAUUAUAUGGUAAUAGAGAUGAAUUUAAGAGAGGAUCAAAGAUUACUGGAAGUUAUGGGCUACUAGACUUGCUCACUUUUGAAUAUAUAGAUGAUACACAAGAAGCAGCUGAAGGAAGAUCACCAUUUUUUCAUCUGCAUUUUAAUAAUUCAGCGAGAGAUCGGAGUUGGCGUAUUCGUGCUGCUGCAGUUCAUGGAUUACUCAAAGUCUGCCAAUACUUUCAUCAUGAUCCAAGUCGUGAAGGUUUCUACAAUGUAGCUUGGGCUGCGUUAAAUGAACAUAAAUUAAAGGAAAUAGAUAUUCGUGUACUAGAGGCAUAUAAAGUUGGCCAGUUUGAUGCAGACGCGGAUAAAAAGCGUUUAAGUAUCGUCCCUUUAUAUGUUUCUAACGCUCUUGUGAAACAUGUGGCUUUCCUAUUUAGCAAGACUUUUUUACACCAGUUACCGCCUCCUGUCAAAUUAAAUCCUCAGAAACCUAAAAAGCGAAGUCGGAUAUAUAAUAAAGUGCCGAAACGAAACAAUAUUGCCAAAUCAGAUUCAAAUCGGUUAACCCUUAGAGAGCAUUUACUUAUAUCAUCGGCAUUGUAUAAACCACCUAUGGACUUUAAAACUAGAGCAAAUAUUAAUUUUAAUCAAGUUAUUGAAAGGCAAUGGCGUAAAGAGUUACACGCCCAAUUAGAUGAAGACACAGUUGAAUGGCAAGUCCUAGAAAAUCAAAAGAAAUUAGAUGAAUCUAAGAUUGGUAAGGAUUAUAAGGAGAAGACAUUUCCCCCUGAUAGCGAUUGCGACCCAAAUACUGACGAUGCUGCUAUAAUCUCAGAGUCUAAAGAGAAAUCCACAUUAUCUACACCUGGAAACGUAAAAAUCAUUCGAGAUUAUAAAAAGAAAGAUUUAGAACUACUUCAUAAUCUUAAAACUAAUUUAGACAUUAAUGACAAUCAAAUAGUUGAUCUCAAUCGUAAACACGGUAACAAAUUACAGCAUGAUCAAUUAAUCAAAGUAAAACUAGAUACAUCUGUAUAUGCUGAUGCAUUAUCAGUUAAUACAAAAUCGAAUGAUGUUAAAAAAUUAAGAGAAGUUAGUGCUACACUACCAGUUCUUCCGGAAAUUAAAUCAUGGACAGCCUCAACGAAAUAA